AUGUCAACGGAAAGGGAACUAACUCCCGGAUCGACGCAGCAAUUGCAUCCUCUGUCAUACUCGGAUAUGGCCACACAUAUCCAACUGAACGGAAUAAUGGGAAAAUCGUUUAAUGAAUCACCAUGGACUUCUUCGCCGCCAAGGCCUCCAAGUCCGUCUCAGUCGCAGACCAGCUUCGAUACACUUUCACCACCACCAGCCGGUGCGACGGUCAACCCGACCACGGUGGCAACGACAACGGGAACCCAAGGUUCCCAGCCUCUCGGUGUUGUUCCGGCCACACCACCGGCACCCCCAGACCUACCGGUGUUCACAUGUCCGCGCCGGCCCAACUUGGGUCGCGAAGGACGACCGAUCGUGCUGCGGGCGAACCAUUUCCAGAUCACGAUGCCCCGUGGCUUCGUGCAUCACUACGAUAUUAACAUCCAGCCGGACAAAUGUCCCCGAAAGGUGAACCGCGAGAUCAUCGAAACGAUGGUGCACGCGUACAGCAAGAUGUUUGGUGCCCUGAAGCCCGUCUUUGACGGACGCAAUAACUUGUACACGCGCGAUCUGCUCCCGAUCGGAAAUGAUCGCGUCGAGCUCGAAGUGACACUUCCUGGUGAGGGUAAGGAUCGUGUUUUCCGCGUCACAAUCAAAUGGGUGGCGCAGGUGUCGCUGUUCAACCUGGAGGAAGCGCUCGAAGGACGCACCAGACAAAUCCCGUACGAUGCGAUCCUUGCGCUGGACGUGGUGAUGCGCCAUCUACCAAGCAUGACGUACACACCUGUCGGUAGAAGCUUCUUCAGUUCUCCAGAUGGGUACUAUCAUCCCCUCGGAGGAGGUCGUGAGGUUUGGUUCGGUUUCCAUCAAAGCGUCCGACCGUCGCAGUGGAAAAUGAUGCUAAACAUUGACGUGUCGGCCACCGCAUUCUACAAAGCGCAACCGGUGAUUGAGUUCAUGUGCGAGGUGCUGGACAUCAGGGAUAUCAACGAACAACGCAAACCACUGACCGAUUCGCAACGCGUGAAGUUCACGAAGGAAAUUAAGGGGCUUAAGAUCGAAAUUACCCACUGUGGUACGAUGCGACGAAAGUACCGCGUCUGCAACGUGACGCGAAGACCCGCACAAAUGCAAUCCUUCCCGUUGCAGCUGGAAAACGGCCAGACGGUCGAAUGUACGGUGGCCAAAUACUUCCUGGACAAGUAUAAGAUGAAGCUACGCUAUCCGCAUCUGCCGUGUCUUCAGGUGGGUCAGGAGCAUAAACACACGUACCUCCCGCUAGAGGUAUGCAACAUUGUUGCCGGUCAGCGGUGCAUCAAGAAGCUGACAGAUAUGCAGACGUCUACCAUGAUUAAGGCGACGGCUCGAUCAGCUCCAGAUCGGGAGCGAGAAAUUAACAAUCUAGUGCGACGGGCUGAUUUCAACAACGACGCGUAUGUGCAGGAAUUCGGUUUGACCAUUUCCAACAACAUGAUGGAAGUUCGAGGUCGGGUCCUUCCGCCACCUAAGCUCCAGUAUGGAGGCCGCGUUUCCAGCAUGAGUGGACAAUUACUCUCCGGUCCACAGAAUAAGGUGAGCUUAGCAUUACCAAACCAAGGGGUUUGGGAUAUGCGAGGCAAACAAUUUUUCACUGGCGUCGAGAUUCGCGUGUGGGCUAUUGCCUGCUUUGCGCCCCAGCGCACGGUACGGGAGGAUGCAUUGCGGAACUUCACCCAGCAGCUGCAGAAGAUAUCCAACGACGCUGGCAUGCCGAUCAUUGGACAGCCUUGCUUCUGCAAAUACGCUACCGGGCCGGAUCAAGUGGAACCGAUGUUCAGAUAUCUGAAGAGCACCUUCAGCCACUUGCAGCUCGUCGUUGUGGUCCUGCCCGGCAAAACACCCGUUUACGCCGAAGUGAAGCGCGUUGGCGAUACAGUGCUGGGAAUGGCUACACAAUGCGUGCAAGCAAAGAACGUGAACAAAACUUCCCCACAGACGCUGUCCAAUCUCUGCUUGAAGAUCAACGUGAAGCUGGGUGGAAUUAACUCGAUCCUGGUGCCAUCGAUCAGACCAAAGGUAUUCGACGAGCCCGUCAUUUUCCUCGGUGCAGACGUGACACAUCCUCCGGCUGGCGAUAACAAGAAACCCUCGAUAGCUGCCGUCGUUGGGUCGAUGGAUGCGCAUCCGUCGCGGUACGCGGCAACGGUGCGCGUGCAACAGCACCGACAGGAAAUAAUUCAGGAGCUGAGCAGCAUGGUGCGUGAGCUGCUGAUCAUGUUCUACAAAUCGACCGGUGGAUUCAAACCGCACCGCAUCAUACUGUACCGUGAUGGCGUUUCGGAGGGUCAAUUCCCGCAUGUGCUGCAGCACGAGCUGACGGCGAUCCGUGAAGCGUGCAUAAAGCUUGAGGCGGACUACAAGCCCGGCAUAACAUUCAUCGUGGUGCAGAAGCGCCAUCACACGAGGCUGUUCUGUGCGGACAAGAAGGAACAGAGCGGCAAGUCGGGCAACAUUCCAGCCGGUACGACCGUGGACGUAGGCAUUACGCAUCCGACCGAGUUCGACUUUUAUCUCUGCAGUCACCAGGGUAUUCAGGGCACGAGUCGUCCGUCACAUUAUCACGUUCUCUGGGAUGACAAUCACUUUGAAUCGGACGAGCUGCAGUGCCUCACGUACCAGCUGUGCCACACGUACGUCCGGUGUACUCGAUCCGUUUCCAUUCCAGCUCCUGCCUACUACGCACAUUUGGUCGCAUUUAGGGCGAGGUAUCACUUAGUGGAGAAGGAGCACGAUUCCGGCGAAGGAUCUCAUCAGAGUGGCUGUUCCGAGGAUAGAACGCCGGGUGCGAUGGCUCGUGCCAUUACCGUACACGCCGAUACCAAAAAGGUUAUGUACUUCGCCUAA